AUGCUCCGACCCGGCGUCUCCACACCCCCUCCCCCGACGUCACGCCCUUACCUCGACGCCGUAGACCGCAACGGCCGGGGACAGGCACGCUACGAGCUCACGUCCUUCUUUGCAACUCCCGGCGCGCUCUCGGGCUUCGUAGCAGACAUUGCCGGCCACUUCGCCUCCAAGCUCCCUACCGUCGAUGCCGUAGUGGGUCUCGACGCGCUGGGCUUUGUUGUUGCGGGAGCGUUGGGCCAAAAGAUUCAGAAACCAGUCAUUCUGGCCAGAAAGGCAGGCAAGGUCGCCAUGCCGCCCGAGGACGUCGUCAAGACGGGUAGCUAUGCAGACUACAUGGCCGUCAAGGCCGGUGCAGCCGAGAAGGAGCUGGAAAUGAGAAGGGACCUGCUGAGGCAGGGGAUGAAGGUGAUCAUUGUCGACGAAUGGAUCGAUACCGGUGCAUCCAUGGCAGCCGUGACACGCAUGCUGGAGAGCUGCGGCGUCGAGGUUGUGGGCAUUGGAACCCUGCAGCUCACCGAGGGGAGGGCAGACGUUGCCGACGACCUUUAUAAGCGUUACGAUGUGUUUGCUGCCAACAGGGAGUAG